CUUGGCCACACCUCUACAAUUCAAUGUCACUUCGUCCUUGAAAGCCUUCACGCAUGCUUAUUCGCUACAAACCUGGCAAAGUGACGGCAUGACUAUUGCAUAUUUGCACCCUGAGACGCUUCAGUAUGCAACCUCACCUUUUGCUCCACAUUGAUACGAAACAGCUCGUUCGGUCUAUUUGCCGUUGGCUGUCUAGAGACGUUUGCGAAUCUUCUGAAAUUGAUCUUGUGUCUGGGUAGCUGAAGCUAUCUAUCGGCUGUCCAUUCCAUACAUUUCAAAUCUGGCUGAUAUCUCGACAUCGUCUCAACUUGUGCGCCAAGUUGGAGGUGACACACAUAGCGACUCAGACAUGGGCUUUCUUUCGCUCAGGAUAAUCAAAAUUCUGUUGAUCGCAACUGCACUAUGCGUGACUCUCAGCGCAUGGACUCUCUCCUGGCGUUUGGAUUUGUCACAGGUCUCUCAAAAUACCGUCACGGCGAUCCAGGAAUGGUCCACUGAUUACUUACGUCGCAGCAAUCGUACGUUAGGUUUUGAGAAAAUUCUAGUUAUAUCCACAGGUUCGUCGUGGAGACUCGAGGGCCUCUUGAAAGCUUCAAAUUUCACUGGCUUUGACGUGGAAGUUCCGAGACAACCCCAGUGGACGAGCCAAUAUGUAGACGAGUUUCGUGGGAUAGGCACUGUGGACAAAACCAUAAGAGUUGGCCCAGGCCAAGCUAGAUGCUGGCUUGGGCAUCUCAACGCUCUUUCAUAUAUGAUUGAGCGCGAAUGGGCCACGGCACUGAUCAUGGAAGACGACGUUGAUUGGGAUAUUGCUAUCAAAGAACAAUUCGCCCUCGUCGCGCCGCACAUCCGAAGCGUCACACAGUCUUGGUCUUCCUCGGCUCGUUUACCAUAUGGAAACAAAUGGGAUUUGCUAUGGGUGGGACACUGUGGAGAUGCUAUCCCAAAGUCUGGCGGCGUCUACAUUUUUGAUGACACGCUUCCACGGACGGCUGACUAUCGCGAGAACAAUGGCCGUCAUAUACAACUAACCUCAAAACCACAGCAGCGUGUCAUUCACAUCUCUGACGGACCAGUCUGCACAUACGCAUACGCGCUGACCCUGGCUGCCGCUAGAAAGGUCUUCCAACAUUCCAGAAACGGCGUCGAGAAUAUCAUCACAACAGACCUUCGUCAGUGGUGCCAGGCGGGGUUCCUCACCUGUGUUACUGUUAAUCCCGAACUCUUCCAUCACCAUAAGAAGGCCGGUGAGGUUUCCAGUGAAAUUGCUGUCGUUGAAGGCUGGGAUAGUCUUGCAACGCCAGCGUCGGUGGACUUUACGGCGAAUAUCAGAUACAGUGCUAGGUGUAACAGUGUAUCUAGCAAACUAGUUACAUGCAUAGAUGAAACAAUACAUGACUGAGAUAG